AUGCCCAUCAUCAUAAAACAAGACCCACUCACAAACCCACGCGUGCUAGCCCUCCUUGCAGAACACACGCGCCAUAUGGCGAGCGUAAUCGCCGACUCUACUGCGUCUGCACGCGUGUUGGGCGUAGAUGGCCUGCGCGAUGCGAGCGUGACGUGCUAUACGGCCUGGUGGGAGGACGACGAUAACGAUGGCAAUAAUGGCAAGGAGAAGGAGGAGGACAAGGACAACAGCGACGGGCGGCGUCUCGUGGGCAUAGCUGCGCUCAAGGAGAUAAACACAAGUACCACACACGCAUGCGAAAUCAAAGCAAUGCGGACGAGCACGGAGUUUCUGCGGCAGGGCGUGGGCGCGACGUUGCUCGGGUAUGUCAUCGAAGAGCCGCGGAGGAGGGGCUAUGCGGAGGUGUAUGCGGAGACGGGGUCGUCGGGGGAGUUUGCGGGUGCGAGGAGGCUGUAUGAGGAGUUUGAGUUUGUGGAAUGUGGACCGUAUGCUGGGGGUGGGGAGGGUGGGUUUAGUGUGUUUAUGGUUUUGAGGGUUGGGUAG